GAGAGUUCCUCCUACGGCCUGUUGGUAUGUCCCUCUGUUUCCAAUUCGUAUAAGAGAAAGCAAAGCGGAACAAAGCGAAAGAGAAUUUGCAGAGACCCUCAGAUAUAGUAUACUACUCCCUUCGUCCUUUCUAGAGAGAGAAGCAGAUUUAUAUAUAGAUAUAGAUACAGAGAGAGAAACAGAUUUAGAGUGAGAGCCAUGCCUGGCAGCUUAGAACCGUUGGACGUUGCGGUUCAGAUCCCAUACCACUUCAGGUGUCCGAUCUCGCUCGAGCUCAUGUGUGACCCCGUCACGGUCUGCACCGGCCAGACCUACGACCGAACCAGCAUCGAGUCUUGGGUCGCCACAGGCAACACCACGUGCCCGGUCACGCGGGCGCCUCUCACCGACUUCACCGUCAUCCCCAACCACACUCUCCGCCGGCUCAUCCAGGACUGGUGCGUCGCGAACCGCUCUUUCGGUGUCCAGCGCAUUCCCACUCCGAAGCAGCCCGCCGAACCUGCCAUGGUUCGGACCUUACUGAGUCAGGCCGCGUCCGAGUCGACCUCUUCCCAUUCGCGCCUCUCCGCGGUCCGCCGACUCAGAGGACUCGCUCGUGACUCGGACAAGAAUCGAUCUGUUAUUGCUGCGAAUAGUGCGUGUGAAAUCCUUGUUAAUAUAGUUUUCUCCAAUAUAGACUCAGAUUCGUCCGAGUUGACUCACGAGUCACUCGCGAUUCUCUCCAUGUUUUCGCUUUCUGAAUCGCAGUGUGCGUUUGUGGCUUCGGAUCCGGACCGAGUCGACUACCUCGUGUCUCUUCUCUUCCAUUCGUCAAUCGAAGUCCGAGUCAACUCAGCUGCGCUGAUCGAGAUUGUAGUGACCGGUACGAGAUCGCCGGAGCUCCGAUCUCAGAUCAGCAAUGCCGACGAAGUGUUCGAAGGAAUCGUCGGAAUUCUCACCUAUCCAUUCGCGUAUCAACGAGCUGUCAAAAUCGGAAUCAAAGCCUUGUUCGCUCUGUGUCUGGUGAAGCAACACCGCCACAAGGCGGUCGCCGCCGGAGCGGUGGACGCUCUCAUCGACAGAUUGGCUGAUUUCGAGAAAUACGACGCGGAGAGGGCGCUGGCGACGGUGGAGCUCCUCUGCCGGAUUCCGUCAGGGUGCGCAGCGUUUGCGGCGCACGCGCUUACUGUUCCGCUUCUGGUGAAGAUAAUACUGAAGAUAUCGGAUCGGGCGACCGAGUACGCCGCCGGAGCUCUGCUGUCGCUGUGCACGGCGGCGGAGCAGUCUCAGAAGGAGGCGGUGGCGGCGGGUGUGUUGACGAAGUUGUUUCUGCUGGUUCAGAGCGAUUGUACGGAACGAGCGAAGCGAAAGGCGCAGAUGUUGCUGAAGCUGCUUCGCGAUUCGUGGCCAGACGAUUCAAUCGCCAAUUCUGACGAUUUUGGUUGCAGCGACGUCGUUGCGUUUUGAUUAUUGAUUUCUUUUUUCUUUUUUGGAAUUUAAUCCAAUUAUUAUUCUUGUAAUUUUUUAGGUGAAAAGGGCCAAAAAAAAAAAAAAAAAAAAAAAUUGGAAAUUGAGAUUCUAGAUUGGUAUAUAGGGAAUUGUACUUGUGAAUGUAUUUUUGUAUGUAAGAAUUUUUUUUGUUAAAGAAUCUUUUUAAGAAAA